AUGCUUCAGUUUUUGUGCUCAUUAGAUGGGCAUAACACAAGCACACAGGUGUCGCACAGAACUGUUCGUGAUGCAGGAGUUCAGUGCAGCCCUUCAACCACUUCACGCCACAGUGGGCCAAACCAGAGAACUUCUUGUUUCAGUGGCUAUGAAAGCGUAGAAGCGUGUUCUUCUGCCAUGAGAGAUCUCUGUGGUGUCACAUUGGAAAUGUAUGCAGUUUUAUUUGCGCUGCUGCCUGUGGCUGCUGACCGCUCAUGUGACGUUUCCAUGCAUGGCAGACUCCUGCUUUUUUUAAUGAAGCUAAAGUUGGGCAUUACGUACUCAUCACUUGCCAUUUUGUUUUCUGUAAGCAGAAUGACUGCUGCAAGGCACUUUAAUAGCGUGCUUCGCACAUUGGCUGCCGCAACUCAGAAAUUGAUAUUCGUUCCACCCAGACACAUCAUCAGGUCUCUAAUGCCCAAUUGCUUCAAAGUACACUACCUAAACUGCACCAUGAUUAUAGAUUGCACGGAGGUUCCCACAGAGAAGCCAGCUUCUGUAGCACAGCAGAGGGCACUCUAUUCAAACUACAAGGGUGGCUACACGCUCAAAAUUCUUGUAGCAGUCACACCCAAUGGAGCUGUCUGUUUUCAUUCUAAGGCAUAUGGUGGAAGGUGUUCUGAUGCUUUCAUCACAGUGCAUUCCGACUUCCUCGAAGAAGUAGAACCAGGCGACAUGAUCAUGGCUGAUAAGGGGUUUCCUGGCAUUACUACGGACCUCGGGAAGGCAGGGGCUGUACUUGUUAUGCCUCCUUUUCUCAGAGGCCAGGGUCAGUUCUCGGAGGCCGAUGUACAGCAGACUUAUAACAUUGCAAGAGUGCGAAUUCAUGUGGAACGUAUGAUCCAGCGGAUCAAGAUGUACAAUGUUUUAAAUACACGUGUGCCCAUUGAAUUGAUUCCUGCCAUGUCGGACGUUUUCCAUGUGUGUUGUGUACUGGCUAAUAUGCAGCCUCCAAUAAUAAAGGAGCCAACGACUGCAGAAUCUUAAGUCAGCUGAAUUUGGGUAUUGCAGUCAGCUUCAUUUCAAGUGUUAAAUAUAAACUCUCAGUUGUGUUAUUCACUGUCAGACAUGGGGCUGUA